CGCGCCGCUCCAGCCGCCCGGCGGUCCCGCCGCUUCUCCCGCUGCCGCUGCGGGACGCGGGUCAGGGCCAUGUCCCGAAAGCAGACGGUGGCGAGGAGCCGGCCGGGCAGCGGCAGCCGGAAAGCCGAGGCCGAGCGCAAGCGGGACGAGCGGGCGGCGCGUCGGGCCCUGGCGAAGGAGCGGCGGAACCGGCCGGAGCCCGGCGGCGGCGGCGGCUGCGAGGAGGAGUUCGUCAGCUUCGCCAACCAGCUGCAGGCCCUGGGGCUGAAGCUGCGGGAGGUGCCGGGGGACGGCAAUUGCCUGUUCAGAGCCCUUGGUGAUCAACUGGAGGGACACUCACGAAAUCAUCUCAAGCACCGACAAGAGACAGUAGACUACAUGGUAAAGCAGCGGGAGGAUUUUGAACCCUUUGUAGAAGAUGACAUUCCUUUUGAGAAGCAUGUGGCCAGUUUGGCAAAGCCUGGUACUUUUGCUGGCAAUGAUGCAAUUGUAGCCUUUGCAAGAAAUCAUCAGUUGAAUGUGGUGAUUCAUCAGCUUAAUGCCCCUUUGUGGCAGAUUCGGGGUACAGACAAAAGCAGUGUGAGGGAGUUGCACAUUGCCUAUCGCUAUGGAGAGCACUAUGACAGCGUUCGGAGGAUCAAUGACAACUCAGAAGCACCUGCGCAUCUCCAGACUGAUUUUCAGAUGCUUCAUCAAAGUGAAUCAAAUAAGAAAGAAAAGAUCAAGACAAAGGGAGCUGACUUUGAAGAUGACUUGAGAGAUGAAGUAGAGGAUGCUGUUCAGAAAGUCUGCAAUGCCACCGGAUGUUCAGAUUUUAAUUUAAUAGUCCAGAACCUGGAAGCCGAAAAUUACAAUAUUGAAUCUGCAAUAAUUGCCAUGCUUCAGAUGAACCAAGGGAAAAGAAAUAGUGCAGAGGAGAGCCUUGAAAACCUUGAGCCCAGUGGCCGAUCACUGAAGCUGAGUGGCCUGUUAUGGGAGGAGGGUGGCAGCGGCUCCAGAAUCUUUGGAAAUCAGGGCUUAAAUGAAGGCAAGACUGAAAACAAUAAGGCACAGGCUAUCCCCUGUGAAGAAAACAAAGCAAAUAAAAACCAGCUCCCAAAGGUCACAAACAAGCAACGGAGGGAGCAGCAGCGGCUAGAAAAGAAGAAACGACAGGAGGAGAGACACCGCCAGAAAGCCCUGGAGAGCAGGAGUAGCCAUGGGGACAGUAGCAGAAGCGAAGCAGAUGUGAACACACAGGUCACCUUGGUGAAGACCUUCGCUGCUCUCAACAUCUGACUCUGGCGUCCUGUGAGCCAAUGAAUGCUUUGAACCAGGCUUUCCAGGGAGGCCAUCAUGGGACAGUAUGAAACCCACCAACAGCCCACACAAGCUCACACUCCGUUAGUUUUUUUCAGCCUGCCUCUUUGUUCAGGAUUUUGUCAGUGCUGUGCUUGAUUAGACCAGGAAAGCCUUGCCCUGAGAAUCAGAGUUCAGUGACUCUGGGAUUGCCCCUUCACCCUUGGGGUGAGUUUGCUGUAUUGUUUAUGAAAUAGUUUGAGUAAUUGUUAGAAAUUCGGAAUGACCAACUCCUCAGUUUCAUUUUUCAGGCAAAUGUUAACAUAAAGGGUGAUUUAUUAAUGAACUCAGGAAUAUGUUUAGAUUUUUAUUUUCUUCUUAUUCAAGUUACUCAGAAAAGAAUCCAGGAAGUGAUUUUCCAAAGUAAUGUGAUUGGCAGGGUGGCCUGCGGCUACCCUGAACAGCUCUGUUUCCCUCCCGCCUGUCUCUGGUGUGGUCUCAGAUAGUGUAGUUGUGCGGAGGGCUCACCCACACUUGAGCCAUGCAGUGGGUGAGGCCUGGGCUCUGCUAAGAAGUCUACAGUGGGGAUGAGUUUUGGGUGUUUUUUUUUCUUGAUAAUCAAGAAGGGAGAAGUCAGGGGACUCCUGGGUUUUUGCCUGGGAAGAUCCUAAAGAAAUGACCUGCUUUCACAGGAGAAGUUAGGAAGAAUAUCUAAGGCUUUUCAUUUUAAACACCUAUGUUUUCUUCCCUGCUAAUCUAGACUUAGAUGCCUUCAGAGAAAUAAAUGGUAAUUUGACCUUCCUAGGUCAAAUUAGUAUGUGGAAAUGAAA